AUGCGAUCCCUGCACUCCCUCCUCGGACCGCCCGACGACGCACAACCCAACUCGCCUACACCGACGCCUCGUGCCUAUGCGCCUACGAAACGAGUCACCGAGCCUUACUCGGUAUUGAUCCCGAUCACGAGAUUGGAAUUGGUGCAGUCGCAGACGUCCGCGAACCCUUUGAGGAAUCAAGUGACGGCGACGACGGCGGGUGCGCUGACGAACGCUGUGGGCGGCCCUAGGGGAGGUGCAGCUGCGAAUGGUUUACCCAAAAGACCUAGGUCCACCGUGGAGGAGGAAGGGGAGGAAGCGAAUAAGAAGGGGAGGAUCACGACGCAGCAUGAUGUCACGCUCGUCACCAAUCAUUGUACGCCCCAUCCUACACUUUCAAAUCUCUCGCAAUGAAAAAACUCACUACCUUUUGUAUUGCCCGUAGACAACGCUCGUCCCAACUUUGGUCGACAGACGCGCACGGCGUCCUCCAUCAUCGGUCUCAAGAACUUCAACAACUGGAUCAAAUCCGUCCUCAUCAACAGGUACGGGCGACCCCAACCUGGUCCCUCGAAUGCACACAUGUUUGAUCGUAAAGGGGCUUGGAAGGGCGAUUGGAAGGUGAUGGAUAUGUGUUGUGGCAAGGGAGGGGAUUUGAUGAAGUGGUCAAAGACGGGCGUGAAGGAGUAUUAUGGAUUGGGUCAGUGGGAUAGGAAGAGAUUAAAGUUCUUUACGGGUACUGAUCGGGUCGUUCUAAUUCAGACGUCGCGGGCGUUUCGGUUGAACAAGCUCGAUCGAGGUACCAAGACAUGCGAGACCGUCGCUUCAACGCUCACUUUAUAAGAGCCGACUGUUUCGGCGUGCGUAACCCCCCAUACCCCUCCCUCCCUCCCAAGCCUCUUCCCUGAUAGCCCUCCCCUCCCUCGCACAGACGGCCAUCACAGAAAUACUCGAACCCCGCCAACUCGACCCUUUGUUCGACGUCGUGUCGAUGCAAUUCUGCAUGCAUUACGCGUUCGAAAGUUCCGACAAGGCGAGGAGGAUGUUGAAGAACGUGGCGGAUUCCCUUAGGGUCGGGGGAACGUUUUUGGGGACUAUUCCGGAUUCGGAUAAACUCAUGUCAGUUGCCACCGUUUGACCAAUGGAUCAGGAACUCGUCGACGACUGAUUCCUGAUCGGGCCUCGUGGACUUGAUCACAGGGACAAACUUAAUGCCAUUCCCGCGGAAGAAGAGAACCUCGCGUUCGGGAACGAGGUGUACGGCAUCAAAUUCGACGAACGGGAUUGGGUCGAACAGUUCGGUCAUCGGUAUACGUUCUUCCUCCAAGACGCGGUGGAGGAAGUACCCGAAUAUGUCGUGCACUGGGAGGCGUUCGUGGAGUACGUUUCUUCGGUGACAGUGGGAUGGGGUGGGGAGGGCAAAACAACUGAUCUUGUACUUCUGACCUUUUCCCCCCAGUCUCGCGAGGGAAUUCGACCUGCACCUCGAAUACAAAUCCGACUUCCAGGAUAUUUUCCUCGCUCAUAAAGACGAACCUGAUUUUGCGCAACUGUUGAAGAGGAUGAGGGUGAUUGAUGAUCAAGGAGAUACGGAGAUGACCCCCGAACAAUGGGAGGCGGCUAGUGAGUGGGGAUUCGAUCGCUGUCUUUUGGGGGAGAGGGACGGAACUAACCUUCCCUUGUUUGUGUUUGUGUAGCUAUCUAUUUGGGAUUCGCUAUGACCAAGGUCGGAUCCGAGGAAGGAAGGGAAGACACGAGAUCAAUCUGA